GCCGCCGCCGCCGCCGCCGCCGCCGCCGCCGCCGCCGCCCCGCCGCCUGCGGACCUGCAUCCCCGCAGGGCUGGCGAGCGGGCGGCGGUCCCUGCGUGCGCCGGCUGCGCUCGGCCGGCGGCGGCGAGCGGACGCGGGGGCCGGGCCCGCGCAGGGGCCGAGUUUCUGCAAAGUUUGACCCGGUUGCCUUUCCGAUGCUGCAGCAGAGCGAGGCAGAGCGGGGCGCGCCAGGCGGCUGCGGCGCGGCGGCGGGGCUGAGCGGCGACAGCGCGCUCACCAUGAUCAUAAAAUAAAGGAGGCGCGCGGGGUGGGGGCGAGAGAGCCCCGAGCCUCAGCCCUCCGCCCCCGGCCGCUCCCCGAAGCCCCGGCCGGCCGAGGGUGGGGGCCGGGGACGCCCACGCCGGCCCCAGACCCCUGUAGAGCCGAGGGACAGUGCCCGGGGAAGGGGGUGGGCGGGCGCGGGCGCCCCGAGAGCCUGCCCGCGCCGGGGUCAGGGGCGUCCGGAGGGCGGCGGCCCGGGCCAGCGGAGCGGCCCCGGGGCAGGUGAGUCGGCGGCGCCGCCCGGGUGGGGGCGUGCGCGCCAAAGUUCCCCGGCAGCGGCGAGCGCGCCCGACGCGCGGGGACCCGGGGCUGCUCUCGGCCAGAGAGGGUCCGCGGAGGCGCCCGACGCGGCGGGGCAGGGGCACUACGCUCUCUGAGGACCGAGAGACCCUGGCCGGGAACGGAGCGCCCGCCGGAUCAGACGGCCCUGGUCCUCGGCGGCUGCAGCGAAGCAGGCGGCUGCGGCCGGAGGCGACAGCGGCGAGGGGACGCGGCGCGCCCGCGUGGGGGCGUCCGGCCCACACCCGCGAGUGGGCGCAGACGGGGACCCGCGUCCCACUCCCCCGGCACCGGCGAGCGGCCGGAGUCCGGGGCUCGCCUCCUGGAAGCCCUCCUGGAAGCCGCGGGUCGGCGCUCGCCCCGAGCGCGCCGGGACCUAGGCCGGGUGAACGGAAACUACUCUGCAAUUGACUCGGCCGCGCCGGGCGCGUGCGGGUGCGGGGCCCGGAGGGAGCGCGUGCGGAAGGCUGGAGGGCAGGAAGUCGCGCUUCUGCAGCGAAGGUGGCGCGACCGCGCGGGGACGGAGCCUUCCUUAUUUAUGAUCUGCCGGCGCUCGCCUGCUUCCUCCGAAGACUUCAGGGAGUGUCUGCGAGCUGCCGUCCCCGCGUGUGAGGCACAGAAGAGCUGGAUGUCAGAGCGACAUGACUAUUCAUUAAACUCCAAACUUUUCUUUUUUUAACCCAAAGAAUAUCGGCGAUUUUUGUCCACUGCGAGAAGAGCGAGCCCAGGGCUCUUGAAAUGCAGCAGAAUCCUUAUUUAUAAACAGGCCGCGGUAGUGAUAUAUGCAAACCCCCUCUACUCAGUGAGUUUUCUAUCCUAUGGAUAACGGUCUUGAAAGUUGAGAUUGGAGAGCAGCGCCUUCUGCGCUGGGUCCUGCAGCCUACGUCCUUUCAAUGCCUGGUUUUCUCUGUGACUGCUGGCCUUCCCUGGAGAUCAGAGCGCUCCUGUGUGCCAUGGGCUGUAUUCAGAGCAUCGGAGGCAAAGCCAGGGUCUUCCGGGAAGGGAUCACGGUGAUUGAUGUGAAAGCCUCCAUCGACCCGGUCCCCACCAGCAUCGAUGAGUCCUCCAGCGUGGUGCUCCGCUACCGGACACCCCACUUCCGGGCCUCGGCCCAGGUGAUCAUGCCGCCCAUCCCCAAGAAGGAAACCUGGAUCGUUGGCUGGAUCCAGGCCUGCAGCCACAUGGAGUUCUACAACCAGUAUGGCGAGCAGGGCAUGUCCAGCUGGGAGCUCCCCGACCUCCAGGAGGGCAAGAUCCAAGCCAUCAGUGACUCGGACGGGGUGAACUACCCCUGGUACGGCAACACCACGGAGACCUGCACCAUCGUGGGCCCCACCAAGAGGGACUCCAAGUUCAUUAUCAGCAUGAACGACAACUUUUACCCCAGCGUCACGUGGGCCGUGCCCGUCAGCGAAAGCAACGUGGCCAAGCUCACCAACAUCCACCGGGACCAGAGCUUCACUACCUGGCUGGUGGCCACCAACACGUCCACCAACGACAUGAUCAUCCUGCAGACGCUGCACUGGCGCAUGCAGCUCAGCAUCGAGGUCAACCCCAACCGGCCCCUGGGCCAGCGCGCCCGGCUGCGGGAGCCCAUCGCCCAGGACCAGCCCAAAAUCCUGAGCAAGAACGAGCCCAUCCCACCCAGCGCCCUGGUCAAGCCCAAUGCCAACGACGCUCAGGUCCUCAUGUGGCGGCCCAAGUACGGGCAGCCGCUGGUGGUGAUCCCACCCAAGCACCGGUGACAGCCAGGGCCACCUGCCAGGUUAGACUUGCGAAUAAUAAUACCGCUGAAAACAAAACGCAGACUAACUCUUCAGUCAUUCAGCAAGAUACAACCACUCUACCUUCUCCAGCGGGCGGGUCUCACCGUGCUGAUGCCCCCGGGAAGGCCUCCCCGGCUCUCGGCACCUGCUUCCUUUCAGGGAGAGGGGAGACCUAAGCAGGACAGACAGACCCCACGUGUGCCCUCAGGGUCACCUCUGGUCUCCUUUCCUCUCCUUUUUCUCACAGUUUGUCGCUCACUUGUCACAGAUUCCCUGAAACACUGCUUUUUCCGGUUUUUUAAAACCUCCUCUUUUGGGGGUUCAGGGGCAGGAGGAGGAGGAGCUGAUCAGGAGGGAAGCCCCAGCCCCGAUCAAAGAGACAGAUCCACACUGCUGCCGAUUCGUGGCGCUGGCCGGCCUUUCCCCCCGGGUCCCCGUCCCCCAUCAUGCGGCCUUACGUAGACUUGCUUUGCCAAACUUUUGCCUUAAGCCGAAUUUCAAGGAAGAAAAUGAAUCGGAGACAGAAAGCAGGAUUUCUUUUCUACCAGACUUUUCCUCUUCUGCCAGAGGUGGAGGGAGGGGUGGGGUCUCCUGUGAGGUUCUCCUGAGGCCUUUGUCCCCUUGUCUUGGGAGAAGGGUCAGGAGGGGCAUUUAGAGCUGAAACCAGCUGCUCACUCUUGCUUUUUGGCAGAAACAAAACCACAGGCAGAAUCUGCCCGAACAGCCCCUUCUCUCCCCCACCCCUAGGUCGCAUCCCCCACCUGCGGAGAGGGGCUGUGAUCUCUGGUGGGGUGACCCCCGCCAGCGGCCUGGCCUUUUCUCCGCUCUCCUUUCCCAGCAGCCUUAACUUCCCAUGGGAGGCUCCAGGAGGAGAGAGGGAGGCUCCUGUGAGCCCAGGGAAUUUUCACCCUCUCAGUCCUCAGGACCCACCCCCAGUUGGGUCCCUGGUCCCUCCCUCCAGGUAUGUGGCUUUAUCUUUCUCCAUCCACACUGGUCCCCGGUGCCUGGGGGCUGGCCACCCGUACCGCCAAGACACAGCCUCACUGUGAGUCUCAAAGGUAAGGAAGGCAUUCAUGUCCCCUCUUGCAGGGAUUUUAAGACUUGAAUGGGGCAGGCCCUGGCCCCUAUGGCUGGCUGGGCUCUAGUGUACUGUAAAGGGGCCAAGACAGGGCUUGUUCUCAGGGGGCGCCCCUCCCAGGCCCUCGGGGCAGGGGGAGGGUGCAGUCAGGCUCUGAGUGCCACAGUGAUGAGGUGGGAGGUACCCAAGCUAUAAGGCAGUCUUGGGAGGCCAUCAGCUGAGCCUGUGCUUCCUGUCCUCAAAGAAGUGAAUCCAGGUCAAGGGCUGGGAGGGCUGAGUUGGCCCAUGGUUGAGAAGGGUCAGAGCCGCUCUGGAGGCUGGGAUGGCACAGUGGACAGCAUCAGGUAAGGACAGACAUCGGGAAGCCCAUCCCUGGGACCUGCUCUCCCUCGGUCCCAGGCCUCGGGAGCCUCAGGCCACGCUUAGUCCUGACCCAUUGUGCCAGGGUUCUGAGUAGUGUCAGCCUGUAGCUGCUAGCAGGGGUUAACGGGACAUUCUGCCGAAGCCACGUUCCUUCCAGCUUGCCAAACCCACAGCUACCCCCCACCCCCGUCCCGGGGCCUGCACUCAGCCUAAUAAUUAUCAAGCACAGAAAACCGUCCAUUUAGAAAAAUAAUCCAUUUCUGCUGCAGAUGAGCCACUUGUAGGAGUCUCUGUGACAGCGUGGGACAGUGUGGGCACCGAGGUUCCUGCUCCGCCCCUUCGUCCACGGGCUGUUGCAUUUAUUCAAGGGGUGCUUAAUGCCCGUUCAGUCUCUGCCGUCAGUCUCUGGGCCCAGCUCUUGCCAGGAGGCUGUCCUGACACACACUGGGCUGGAGCUGCCGGCUGGCACGGUGCUCAGAGGGCCCUUGGUGGGGGCCAGAGCUCCCCGAAGAAACUGCAGGUUCUCUUUUGUGAGUAUGGGGGCUGUGCCACCUGGAGAGGCAGUAGCCUUGAGGAGAACAGUGGGUCCCAGCUGCAGGUCUGGGGAUGGCGGGAAUGGGCCUGGGACUCGGCUUUCAUUCACUGGAGACGAUUCUCCACUCAGGUCUUUAUUGCACUAACUCGGGCCGGGGCCCUGGGGGUUUAGGAAGCAGGUCUCUAGCUGCUGGGUUCUUCCUGGAGGUGGGGCUAGAGAGCAGAAUGGAAAGGGGCUUCCUGAGCUGCUGGGGGGCAAGGGGCCCCGAACCUACAUUUCUUGAGUGUGCGCAAACACUCGGAGCAGGAGCCAGCACCCCUCCCUCUGCAUGCCCGGCCCCCAGCCCACCUUGCCCCCUGAGCCACCCUCACCCACGCCCUUUCUUUCCGUCCUUCCUUCCUUACUGAAGAAGGGCUGGGAAGACCCCAGCCAGGCUGCAGGUCUGGCUGCGGAUGCUCAGCUCAGCUCCGGCCUGGUCCCCAGCCUCCUUCCUCCUGUCGGAGCACAGGCUCCAGGCGUCUUCCCCGGGCCCUGAUCCUCUUCUGUCCCCCAGCCCUGCCCUGGCGUGGACAGUCACCCACUCCUUCCAGCAAUAAGCACCGUCCGUGGAGAGUACUGUGAAACAAACCAAUGCACUUCCCAGGAGGCACAAGACUCUUGAAGAAGAUGUAAAAUGAACCUUUUUUUAAAAAAAAAAACAAAAAAACAAAUUAUUCAUAAAGAGAAAUAAAAUGUAAUUUUAAAGUAG